AUGACGCCCUCAAAAUGGGUUCAAGACAAUGCCUUGACCCUGUUACGUCCAGCGCUACUCUUGCAAACUGCGAUAUACCACUUUAUAAUGACAGUCCUCACACUCGUUUUCAUUCAACGACGCCCCUUCGCACUCCUGGAUCUCAAAGCUCUCCGCUAUAAAUCCUUCGCCCGUCUCUGGAAGUACAAUGGCGAAGCAAUGUCAAUUGAAAUGCCUGGACCUCUGACCGAGCUCCUCUCCACCUGCAAAGGGGUAGUCCUUGACAUCGGUCCAGGCAGUGGAGAGAUUCUGCCCCGCUUCAACCCUAAUUUAAUCACCGCCAUGUACGGCGCGGAGCCUGCGGAAGACUUGCAUCCCGGACUGCUCAAGAAUGCGCAGAAAAGCGGCUUCGGCACAAAAUAUCACGCGCUGCUUUGCGGCGCCGAGCCCGAGAGUCUGAUUCCUGCUUUGCACAAGAGCGGGAUAUUGAAUGUUAGUGGCAAGAACGGUCUGGCCUCCGACGGCUUGUUCGACGAGAUCUGCUGCGUGAGAGUCUUGUGUGGUGUCCCGCAUCCAGAACAAACCAUCAAAGAGCUCUACCAGCUUCUAAAACCAGGUGGUCGGAUGGUCAUCUGCGAGCACGUUGCAAAUCCGUGGCGGACGGAGGGCCGAGUUGCGGCGCGGUUCAUGCAACUCAUCUUUACCGUUCUCGGCUGGCCGUUCUUUAUGGGUGGCUGUAAGCUGCAGAGGCAUACAAAAGAGUUUUUGAGAGAUGCAGGGCAGUGGGAUAAGUUUGACCUGGAAUAUUAUGGUUCUAAGGAUGUAGUUCCGUUCGUGGUCGGGGAGUUGGUCAAGAGGGAAACGCUUGGAGAAAGUGUGGGUAAUACUGACGACGAGUUGAACACUCGUAGCCCUAUGGAAGGGCGGGUCAAGCAACGGGGUCCUAUGGAGCAGUCGUAUGCGGAAGUUGUUGGAGAGUUGACCCUGAAGCAGGGGACCAUGGAGGAUGCUGGAUCGAAUGUGACGAAACCGCAGGGAGAGAGCGGAGUAUCCCUUGAUAAGACCUUUGCGGAAGCUGUUAAGGAGGAUUGA